GGAGAUCCAGCGGUGAAGGCAGGGGUGGAGCCCCGCUGUGGAUGUCCAGCAUGGACAAUUAUACAGUCCUGCGAGUGAUUGGCCAAGGCUCCUUCGGCCGGGCCCUCUUGGUUCGGCAGGAAAGCAGUGGUCAGAAUUUUGCCAUGAAGGAAGUGAGACUUCUCAAGUCUUUCUCUGAGACACAGAAUUCUAGGAAAGAGGCUGUUCUGCUGGCGAAAAUGAAGCACCCCAAUAUUGUUGCCUUUAAAGAGGCAUUUGAAGCUGAAGGGCAUCUGUACAUCGUGAUGGAGUAUUGUGAUGGCGGGGAUCUGAUGCAGAAGAUUAAACAGCAAAAAGGAAAGUUACUUCCUGAAGAUACGAUACUUAACUGGUUUAUACAAAUUUGUCUUGGAGUAAAUCACAUUCACAAGAAACGUGUGUUACACAGAGAUAUCAAGUCCAAAAAUGUCUUCCUCACCCAAAGUGGAAAAGUGAAACUGGGGGAUUUUGGCUCUGCCCGUCUUCUCUCCAGUCCCAUGGCCUUUGCGUGUACAUACGUGGGAACACCUUAUUAUGUGCCGCCAGAAAUUUGGGAAAACCUGCCUUAUAACAAUAAGAGUGACAUCUGGUCCUUGGGAUGCAUUCUGUAUGAACUCUGCGCUCUGAAGCAUCCAUUUCAGGCACAUAGUUGGAAAAAUCUUAUCCUGAAAAUAUGUCAAGGGCCCAUCCACCCACUGCCAGCUCUGUAUUCCUCUAAGCUUCAGUGUCUCGUCAAGCAGAUGUUGAAAAGGAACCCUUCACAGCGUCCCUCCGCUACCACCCUGCUUUGCAGAGGCAGUUUAGCUCCCCUGGUCCUGAAGUGCUUACCCCCCGAGAUCAUCAGAGAAUAUGGAGAGCAGAUACUGGAUGAAACCAAAAUUUCUGAGCCCAAGAAACUGAAAAAAAGGGACCCCAGCGGAGUCAGGAUAGCUCUGGGAGAUGAAGCAAAUGCCAUGCAAAAGGAAGAACACAAUAGAAAGUGUAACCGUGCUGAAUUGGAAAGCACUCAUACAAACUCAGUUGGAAGUGCACCGAGGAGAGUAGCCAGAGGAAAUCCGGAAUCAGGUAGUCCAUCAGAGCACCAGAGGAGUACCACUCCAGCAAGCCCUCACAGGCAGCAGUGGGAGAGACAUGUUCCCAGUUCAGCUCUAGCAGCAUUGGAAGAAGCACCCAUCCUUACCUCCAGUUUCACGGCAGAGGAGGACAGAGGUGGUUCUGUAAUAAAGUACAGUGAAAAUCAUGCCCGUAAGCAGUGGCUCAGAGAGCCCCCUGAGACCUUGUUGUCAAUGCUGAAGGAUGCUGAUCUCAGCCUGGCAUUUCAAACAUACACAAUAUAUAGACCAGGUACAGAAGGAUUCUUGAAAGGUCCCCUUUCUGAAGAAACAACAUCAGACAGUGUCGAUGGUGAUCUUGAGUCUGUCAUUUUGGAUCCAGAGAGAUUUGAACCGCGGCUGGAUGAAGAAGACACGGACUUUGAGGAAGAUGAUGAAAACCCUGAUUGGGUGUCAGAGCUCCAGAAGCAAGUGUGAUGGCAGGAUGUGUGUGAUGGGAAACUCCUCGGAGAACGUGCCUGA